AUGACUAUCCGUACUCCAAUUGUCUACUCUGACAUUGUUGAAAUUGUCGAACCUGAAAACAAUGGCGAAGGUGGUAUCAAGGUCGCCACUCUGCGCUCUAAAAUCGCCCUCGAACCCGGCCAACUUAUUCUUAAAACCCCACUCACUUACCCAGCACCUCUUUACCCCACCCGUGACUUCACAACUGUCCAGAUCGAAGACAAGGGCCACAUGAAAUUUGAGAACGAGUUCGAAUACAUGAACCAUUCCUGUGCACCUACCGCUGCCCUCACCAUUGACGUCGACCCAGAAUCCGGCGCUGCUAAUGUUAAUAUCAAGGUCCUUAAGCCCAUUGCUCCAGGCCAAGACAUUACAUUUUUCUACCCUUCAACUGAGCUUGAGAUGGAUGAGCCCUUUGACUGUUGGUGCGGUGCCCCCACCUGUAUUAAGCAUGUCUCUGGAGCCCGUGCCAUUCCACUUGCUGAUCUCGAGGCCAACCAUGAAGUCUGGGGUAUCACUGACUACACUCUCAAGCAAUGCCGUGGCGAGUAA